CACCCUUAAUUCAACCCUUUCUCCCCAAAUUUCAACACACUCUUCUUCUAAUCUAAAUCUCACCUGUUUUAAAACCUAUUAGCUUAGCUAAUCAUAUUAUUCCACCAUAAUUAAUCUUCCUAAUUUACAAGUUUUGUUUUUGUUUUUGUGUGUGUGUGAUAGAGAGAGAGAGUGUACAAGGAGAUUGGAAGCAAGCAAAGGUCUUGUCCCACGGCUCCCGCCUCUUUUGUAAGCUUUAUUCUCGUAUACCAUAUGAUCUAAGAUCGAAUCUCGUCAACAUAACCGGAAGCAAGCAAAGGUGUUGUCCCACAACUCCAAUCAUUUCGUAUCCAGUACUCCGCAUAUAGUGUUAUACCCUAUUAUCUAAGAUCGAAUCUCGUCUACAUCACUGACGUUUCUGUAUACUCUACAAUCUAAGAUCGAUUCUCGUCUACAUCACUGGCUGUUUACAAGGUUACAACACUAUUACACACAAGAAAGAAAAGGUACACCGAGUACUACAAAGUUGGAGUUGGGGGGUUUGGUUUUGGUUUUGGUUUGGGGAGAAAAAAGUGUAAGUUGUGAGAGCAAUAAUUAAGAAAUUGGACCAUUUUGCAGGCCGUGGGGGAGGAAGAACAUGCUAUUGUCGGUUGUUCAGUGCUACACCUUCUUGUACUAGUGCUCCCCCAUCCCCUUCAAUUCCUUCCUCAUCAACCCUUCUUACCAAUUACAAAUUUGAAAUUUACAAUCACAUCUUGUCUUACCACUAAUUUUAAGGCUCUUUUUCUUUUCCCUAAAUCAAAAUUAGUUAUAUAUAUAAGAAAUAACUAAUUAUCUUUGGAGUUUAUUGAGUGAUCAAUCAUCCCCAUCAAAUCCUUUUCCUAACCCACUAAUCCAAAUGCCCUUUUCAAAUUAGGGCAUAUGGGGUUAGUGGAUUAAGCACCCAUUCAUAUCAAAAUCACAUUUUCUUUCCUCAUUUAUCAUCCAUAAUCAACCAUUACUAUCCAUAUCUAUAUCCAUUCCAUACCCAAAUAUAGAAUUUCUCCAUUAAAUAUAGAUAAGGAAAUUAAUUAACCCUUUAAUCUUUUUGGAUUUGAUUUGAAUGGAAGUGAAGAAUGAAGCCAAUUCACUCUAAUUCUUUCUUCAUCCACAAUAAUCCUCCAUCUUUAAUUAUAGUGUCAGCUCGAGACGACAGAGGAGAAGAAAAAGCUUCAACUCCAACCCUAGAUCCGAACCCGAACCCGAACCCGAACCCGAACCCGAGAGAGGAGAUGAUCCGGUACCGGGAAUGUCAGAGAAACCACGCGGCUCAUCUAGGAAGCCACGUGGUUGACGGGUGUGGCGAGUUCAUGCCAUCUGGCGAGGGGGAAGCCCUCAAGUGUGCGGUGUGCGAUUGUCACCGGAAUUUCCACAAACGGGUGGUGGAAGGUGACCCCACCACGGCGGCGGAAGCGGUAGCGGGACAGUUUUUACCACUGCCGCCAGCUUCCACGGCUACAGCAAACUGUUACAUUUCUUUCAGCAAAUACCACAAAAACGAUCUUCUUCAACCACCAAUUCGGCCACAUAAUAAUGAUAAUAAUACCAACAACAACUUCACACACCCCCACCACCACCACCCUCGACCGCCGAUUAUGAUGGCGUUCGGUGGCGGGAGAGCGGCGGCGGAAUCCUCAAGCGAUGAACUCAACGCGUAUCGAGCCGGGAAUUUCGAUUACGACGGAGAACAGUAUGGAUUAUUAGUUGGUAAUAAUAAUAAGAAGAGGUUUCGGACGAAAUUCAAUCAAGAACAGAAAGAUAAGAUGGUGGAAUUUGCGGAGAAGAUUGGGUGGAAGAUUCAGAAACAAAAUAAUGUUGAAGUGCAGGAGUUUUGUCAUGAUGUGGGUGUUAAGAGGCAAGUUUUCAAGGUUUGGAUGCAUAAUAAUAAGCAAGCCAUGAAAAAGAAACAAGUUUAGUUUAAUUAAUUGAGUAAUUAACUCCCUCAAAAAAAAAAUUGAGUAAUUAAUUAAGCUUUGUGAAUAAUUAAGCUUAAUUAAUUAAAAUUUAGUGUAUUCUUAGGUUUAUAAGAUAGAUGAGUAGAUGAGUAUAUCAUUUCCCAUAAUCUAAUUUUUGUUUUUUUGGAUUAGAUGAUGGAUUUUAUAAUUCUUUUGGGUUAUCACAUUUUGAAGGAAAUUAAGGAGAAUUUGACAACUUGUUAUA